CUUAUUUUGCUUCCCCUCUUCCCAAACAAAGCAUAAAUCUUUUCUUGUCUAGAAAAAGACUAACAAAAUUUUCUUGAAUUAGUGAAUAAACCCACUCAAAUCAGAGACAUGUCCCUUCCAAGCCCAACAACCCUAUAUAGCCUUCAACACUGUAUAUAUACACCCUUGUCAUCAAUACUUUCUCUUAACCAACCAAGCAAUCAAAUAUAAACCAAACCCACCAAUCCCUCCCUGUAACAUAUUUUCCCUGUUCUUGAUCUCUUCUUACUGUCUUGCCUGUUGUAGCUCUCUAGCUCUUUCUUUAAUUACUGUUACACACAUCAGAAGUUUCACUAUUCUGUAGUUAAGUGUUCUUGGACUUGUUAUGGCUCCAUCAAGAACCUACCCAGAUAGGCUCAACUUUGCUGUUGCAGUAACUGUGGCUGUGGUGUUUUGUCUCACUUUUCUAUCACCAUCAAUAUCAGCACAAGGGUUUGGACAUGAGAAGUUGCAGCGAAAGAAGAAUAUGGUGUUGGGUUCAAAGCCUCCAGGUUGUGUAAACAAAUGCUUCAGUUGCAGGCCUUGCAUGGCUACUUUAGUAAUUCCUUCUCACAAAGACAAUGGUUUUACUACUUUUAAAGCAGCAGCAAAAACGUUAUCUCACGGAGAAGAUGAUAAUAGUGGUUACUAUCUUCUUUCAUGGAAAUGCAGAUGUGGAGAUAAGCUCUUUAACCCUUGAUGUUACCUUUAUAUGUAUAUUCUUAUAUAUAAAUAACACCCUUAACUAUAUGAACAUAUAUAGAUAGCUAGGUUUACUAGCUAGCUAAUUGAUUAAAUUCUCUACGGUUGUGUCAGAAAAUUAUAUGUUCAUUAGUAUAAUUCUACUGCAAAAGCUUGCAACUCUGUAGAUGAUUCUAGCAUGGAAUGAUAUUUUAUUAUUUAUAUCUAA